GUCAUGGCGCAAGAACGAAACAGCAGAGUCGCACUUGAAUGGCCCUCGGACUGCCGCCUUCUAUAAGAAAUCGAGAUCCUCCCACCAUCCGAUCAGCGAAACAAUUCCAACUUUUCUCACCCACCUUGACAACACUUCUGAAAUCCACACCGAACAGCAAACAUGGCGGAAGCAAUCAAGAACGCACUCGGAAAGGCCACCGACGGUGCCAUUGGCAACAAGCUUCCCACUGCUAAGCUUGGAAAGAAUGGCCCACACGUGACACGGAUUGGAUAUGGCACAAUGGGACUGUCUGCCUUCUAUGGCAAGCCAAAGCCCGACAAUGAGCGGUUCGCCGUUCUGGACAAGGUCUACGAAGAUGGCGAUUUGUUCUGGGACACAGCCGACAUGUAUGACGACUCGGAGGACUUGCUCGGCGCCUGGUUCAAGAAGAACCCAGGCAAGCGUGAGAAGAUCUUUCUCGCCACCAAGUUCGCCAACUGCAAGGGUGAAGACGGUUCGCGUUGGGUGGAUAGCUCACCAGAAUACGCUCGCAAGGCAUGCUUGAAGUCGCUGUCGAGAUUGGGGGUGGACCACAUCGAUCUCUACUACGCACACCGUCUCGACGGCAAGACACCAGUUGAGAAGACAGUCGAAGAGCUCAAGAAGCUGCAACAGGAGGGAAAGAUCAAGUACAUCGGUAUCUCCGAAUGCUCCAGCGAGUCUCUGCGCCGCGCCAGCAAGGUCGCUCACAUUGAUGCCAUCCAAAUCGAAUACUCGCCUUUCAGCUUGGACAUCGAGAGCGAUCAGAUUGGCCUCCUGAAGACCGCUCGCGAGCUCGGCACCGCCAUCGUUGCAUACAGCCCGAUCGGUCGAGGCAUGCUAGGCGGCACCAUCCGCUCGCCCAAGGACUUCGAGGAAGGCGAUUUCCGCACCUUCGCCCCGCGUUUCUCGGAGGAGAACUUCCCCAAGAACCUCGAGCUCGUGGACCGCAUCACCGAGAUUGCCAAGAAGAAGAAUGCCACCGCAUCUCAAUUGACAUUGGCCUGGAUUCUGGCUCAAGGUGACGACUUCUUCCCAAUCCCCGGUACCACCAACAUCAAGCGUGUCGAAGAGAACUUGGGCGCGCUCAAGAUCAAGCUGUCGAAGGAGGAAGAGGCAGAGAUCCGCAAGGCGUGCGAGAAUGCUCAGCCAGCAGGAUCUCGUUAUCCAGAAGCCUUCAGCGCGGCCUUGUUUGCUGAUACACCACCGUUGUAGAUGGUUGGCAGGUGUGACGAUGCACCAGACCAGCGCGCGCAGAGGGAUCGUGGGUCCAGCACCGCGUGACCGUGCCCGGCACACCUGGUAAUGAUGAUGCUGCUUUGUCGAUGAUCCUAGAACGGCGUCGACUGAAAUCCAGUAGCAAUAGAAGUAGUAAUGAGAAAAAAGUUUCAAGUCUCACAAGAAUGUUGGAUGUCGUACAGCGCAUUGCA